GAAGCGUUUCCGGAAGGUUGGCUGCAUCCCGCUGCGGGCUACGGGCGCCUCCGGGACUAGCGGCGCAGUGCGGAGCGGCGCGGCGGGCAGGUACGCACCGCGGCAGGCCGGGACGGAGCUUGCCUGAUUUCAGCAGUGACCUGUGGGGCGCUGGUGCCCAGGACUCCAGGACUUGGUGCUCUGGUACUGGCUUUCCAACAACGAGCUGGGGAGAUUAAGCAUUUCGAUCUGUGCUUUGGGAGCAGCUGACAGUGUGCGGUAAUGUGCUGACUGGCACUAUGGGCAGGCGGUACCCAGGGGCUCACUAUCGGCCAAGCAGCUCAUAUUUCAAAUUAUAAUCUAUUUCCUGAUGCAUUGCUGACGCCCCGUGAGCCAUGUCAGAAGUACUUCCAGUUGACUCUGGCGUGGACGCAUUGGCAGUGUUUAUGGCAAGCGGCAGCACGACGGACGUUGUGAACCGCAACAGCCCUGCCACCCCACCCAAUACGCUCAACCUGCGCUCCUCUCACAAUGAACUUCUGAAUGCAGAGAUCAGGCACACAGAGACCAAGAACACCACUCCUCCGAAGUGCAGGAAAAAAUAUGCGCUGACUAACAUUCAGACAGCCAUGGGUCUUUCCGAUCCAGCAGCGCAGCCCCUUCUGGGGAACAGCUCUGCCAAUAUAAAGCUGGUAAAGAAUGGAGAAAACCAGCUCAGGAAAGCCGCUGAGCAGGGUCAGCAAGAUCCCAACAAAAACCUCCCUACCACUGCAGGCGUAAACAUAACUUCUGAGAAGUUUGAAGGCAAAGAACCGAUCCCACAGGAUUCCUCUGGCUGUGAAAUACUACCCUCGCAGCCAAGGAGGACCAAGAGCUUCCUGAAUUACUAUGCAGAUCUAGAGACAUCUGCUAGAGAGCUAGAGCAGGGUUUUGUUAUGAUGGAAGAUAAAUCUGCACAAAGCAACAGCCAGGCAUCUACCAUUAUUGUGAAUGGGGAAGGCCUGCCCCGGAAACAAAACAAGCCAUCAACCCCAGAGGAUGGCCAAGUUGCUGCAGUGUCAUCAAGCCCUGAGACUAAGAAAGACCACCCAAAAACAGGGGCCAAAACAGAUUGUGCCCUCCAUAGGAUUCAAAACCUGGCUCCAAGUGAUGAGGACUCCAGCUGGACUACGCUGUCCCAGGACAGUGCCUCGCCAAGCUCACCUGAUGAAACAGCAGAUAUUUGGAGUGAUCAUUCAUUUCAGACAGACCCAGAUUUACCACCUGGCUGGAAAAAAAUCAAUGAUGUUGCUGGGAUUUACUACUGGCACAUACCAACGGGAACAACUCAAUGGCAGCGUCCCGUGUCCAUCCCAACAGAUCUCCAGGGUUCACGAAAAGGAUCACUUGGCUCCAUUACUCCAUCACCUACUCCAGAAACUGAGAAACAGCCAUGGAGUGAUUUUGCUGUACUGAAUGGGGGAAAGAUUAAUAGUGACAUUUGGAAGGAUCUGCAUGCAGCCACUGUGAACCCAGACCCAAGUCUGAAAGAGUUUGAAGGAGCAACAUUACGCUAUGCCUCUUUGAAGCUCAGAAAUGGUCCACAAUCUGAUGAUGAUGAUUCCUGUAGCAUCAACAGUGAUCCAGAAGCCAAGUGCUUCGCUGUGCGAUCCCUGGGCUGGGUGGAAAUGGCAGAAGAAGAUCUAGCUCCUGGAAAAAGCAGUGUUGCUGUGAACAACUGCAUCAGACAGCUCUCUUACUGUAAAAAUGACAUCAGAGACACUGUUGGGAUUUGGGGAGAGGGCAAAGACAUGUAUCUUAUACUGGAAAAUGACAUGCUGAACCUGAUCGAUCCCAUGGACCGCACAGUUCUUCAUUCACAGCCCAUUGUGAGCAUCAGAGUCUGGGGUGUGGGACGUGACAACGGCCGGGACUUUGCUUAUGUGGCAAGAGAUAAAGACACAAGGAUUCUGAAAUGUCAUGUGUUUCGAUGUGACACACCGGCAAAAGCCAUUGCCACAAGUUUACAUGAAAUCUGCUCCAAGAUUAUGGCCGAACGGAAGAAUGCUAAAGCUAUGGCUUGCGGUUCAUUGCAAGGGGGGACAAAUGUCAACCUUGAUGUUCCUCUGCAAGUAGAUUUCCCAACACCAAAGACAGAACUGGUACAGAAGUUCCACGUCCAGUACCUGGGCAUGCUGCCUGUAGCUAAACCCGUGGGAAUGGAUACUCUGAACAGUGCCAUUGAAAGUCUAAUGACUUCUUCUAGCAAAGAAGAUUGGAUGCCAGUUACUAUGAAUGUUGCUGAUGCUACUGUCACAGUCAUCAAUGAAAGAAAUGAAGAGGAGAUCAUGGUGGAGUGUCGUGUGCGGUUCCUGUCCUUCAUGGGGGUAGGCAAGGACAUUCACACAUUUGCCUUCAUUAUGGAUACUGGAAACCAGCAUUUUGAGUGCCAUGUUUUCUGGUGUGAACCGAACGCAGGCAAUGUGUCCGAAGCUGUUCAGGCUGCUUGUAUGUUGCGGUAUCAGAAGUGCUUAGUAGCCAGACCGCCCUCACAGAAAGUGCGACCACCCCCACCUCCUGCAGACUCCGUGACUAGAAGAGUUACAACCAACGUAAAACGAGGAGUGUUGUCUCUCAUUGACACUUUGAAACAGAAACGCCCCGUCACUGAGAUGCCGUAGCUGCGCCAGAGAAGAGCCUCCUAACCCUUAACUGAAGAUAACACUAGCUAUACUAAGGAAAGUGAAUUGACGUUGUCUGGCCUUCCAUUUCAAAUUGCUGAUGCUUUGUCUUCAGAGAAUUUACCCUUAUCGAAGCAAUGUUAGACAAGCAUGUUCUCGUUCUUUCCACCAUCGUGUGAUAUGAAAAGAAGCAUGAAUAAUUUUUUUGCUGUCAGUGAGUUACACCAUGAACAAUGGAAGGUCUGUUUGAUUGUAAAUACAUGAACGUUACCUAAACUCACACACAAAAAAAAAAGAAUAUGGCCACGUCCCUCCCAGUGAACUCAUGCUAAAGUCCUUGGAGUGAAUGAUGCCCAAGUUGCUAGUUUCACCGUCUUGAGCUGAAUUUGUCACAAACCAAUCUUAACUCCUACAGCACUUUGCUCUGUUUUCAACACUGGAGUAGGUACCAAGUGUUAGCUACCAUUGAAUUACUGUAGAUUAAAUACCAUGUUUUAUUUUUUACAGAACUACACCUGUUAGUUUUAAAUUGUUUGUCAGCAUUGGUCUAGCAACCACUUUAAUAACUCCCCGACACGCUUCUGAAUCGUGGUGUCAUUAUUUCAUCUCCCAGUUAUACAUCAUGGUCUUAGAGAAGAAUUGUGCUUAAUACUAAAGCAAUGCUGAAAAAUCCAGAAGAGUUUUCAGUGACUGAGUUGCAGGGUGAUCUACUGAAGCUUUUCAGCUUUAAACAUACAAAUGCAACUGCUGGCUGUUAAAUUUAUUCUCCUAAAUCUGCCAUUAGUUCAUCACAAAUAUCAUUUUUUUCACAGAGGGCUCAAACCAAUCAGGAGUAAGAAAGAAUUAGUCUGUAAUUUUAUUGUCUUACAACUCUUACAGAGACUAAACUAUUCCAAACCUUUUCCAUACAAGUGUUUGAUGAAAUGUUCAAUUCAGCAUCUGGUUGCACAGUUCCCCCUUCCCCUCAGAGUUUGUUGCUGAAUGCUGAACACGCCCCAGAAAGAUCAGUUGUGCUUCUUGUCAAUUACAGAAUUCCAUUAAAUCUCUUCCAAUACUCUCAUGACAAAAUAAGAAGAGUAGUUUUUUCUAACAAGAUAGUGCUUCAGGGGGUACAUAGAAUCAUAGAAUAGUCAGGGCUGGAAAGGACCUUAAUAUCAUCCAGUUCCAACCCCCAUGCCAUGGGCUGGGACACCUCACACCAUGUCACCCAAGGCUCUGUGCAGCCUGGCUUUGAACACUGCCAGGGAUGGAGCGUAAAUAAACAUAAAACCUGAUUUUGUGCUUUUGCUCCACAGGCUUCUUACAAUUGCUUUGACUUACUACCACAGGCCUUGACAAAGCCAGCCCAGUGUUGCUGCUCAAAAGUGUACCUCAGGCUGAUGUUCAAAUGCAGUCACACAUCUUGAGUCUCUCCCUUUGCUGUCUUCUGUCUCAACCUGCAGAUUGGUACAAAUUUUGGAAAUGGAACAGUAACGAUAUUUUUAACUAGCAUUAAAACUGUUUUGCUUCCAUCUAGAGAGGUGUUCCAGGCUGUAACUGCCUCCCAGGUCUGCAAAUCUGGUCAUUUAAUUUUAAAAGAACAUUGGCAAGGUUGUUAUUACAAGAGCUGUAUUUUUUUAUUUUACUAUGCAAGAAACUGAUACAACAUUUUAUUUCCUUGCUUAAAAAAAACUAAUGGCAACACCUGGGCAAAGCAAUGUAGGAACAAAGGGGAAAAGAAUGAUGAUUCAAGAAAUUUCUGCAUUUUUCAAUGCAGAAAAAUCAUUAAGUGAAGCUCAGCAUGAUGUAUGAGCACGUGUCAGCUAAUGCUAGCUAUGCAACUGUUUGCUGUAAUUAAAUUUAGCUCUCUAGAACACCCCCUGAAGAGCUGAUCUUCACCCAUCUCUCAUCUCCUUAUGAGCACAGUUCUGCACCCUGGGCACUGAAGCAGUUAUUUCCCUCCCAAGGCUCCCAUUGCUGCUACCCCCUCCACAAUGGCUCUGCUGCUGGUGGAACUGAGGGAGGAGCUGUAUAUGCCAGGCAGGGAGAGCUGAGGUGAGGGGAUGCCAACAACCCAACUUCAGCAGUACCAGAGGUUAAACUGACCAUAAGACCAGGUUGUGAAGCGUGGAGAUGGCAGCUUACAAACAUGCUUGUUCAGCUUCUAGUGCUGAUCCCAAUGAUGCCUGCUGGGAACAGGGUGAAAACUCACUUCCCCUCAUGACCAGAUGUGGUCAUGAUCCACAUCAAGAUGUUGUGGCAAGCACCAUACCUCUGGGUAGGACCAUGAAGUUGAGAGAUAAAACUUCCUUUAUUUAUCAUCGUGCUAGUAAUUCAGAUGUUGGCUUCAGUUUAUUUUAAAUUACAGAAAAUAAUUUGUCAGUGUCUUUUUAAAGUUCCAGCCAGGAUUUGGGAUUUGCAGCUGUUCUACACCAGUGAAGUUUAAACCGUAGAAUUAAACUUUGUAGUUGCAUCUGCACCGUGCUGAUUCUCCCCAAGAGAGAUCUGGACUCUCUUUAAACAAAACCAGCAAAGAGUAGCAUAGAGGUAGUUCUGCAUCAGGGUUGUCAAGGCUACCACCAUCCCAUUCGCUUUCACUGGCAAAGGGUGCCAUUACAGAAAGGGCUGAAGAGAAGACAGAAGGGGAUUUGAAAUGCCAUAGGUCACCUGCCAAUGUAUGUUUUGAGUUUUGUGUCUGUUAAGAAAAUAUUGUUGAUUUUGCCAACACUUCAGUAGCAUGCUUAACCAGCUGACUGUAUGUGGCCUUUUUGCUUCAGUAUAGCUCCAUAUUCUCCAAAAGAUUAAAUACACACCCAGGGUGUUUGCAGAACCAGCCUAACACUGCAACACCCUUAUCUUUUGUCAAACAAUAUAGUACAAGUCUUUACCAUGGCCAAAAAAGUCUGUCUGGGAUGUGUGUUUGAGCAACUGCCACUGGUUCAGUCAAUGUUGCAGCAACCCUACAGUUAUCUAUGCAUUUUUUAUAAUCCCUAGUGGUUCCGUAGGCCGGCAGCCAUGUUCACUAUGCCUUGUAUGUCUAAUGCCAUAUUCUAAAUUAACCUGUUAAAUACAGCUUAAAAUAUUUUUAUUUUAUUUAUUCUAUUUUUACUGAAAUAUCCUGCAUUGUUAUGUUGAUGUAUUGUCUUUACUGGACGUGCUCUUGUAACAUUCUCCACUCUGUAUACUAUAGGUUGCCUAAAAAAGGCAGGCUUUGUAAUUAUUUGUAGUCACAUUUUUAUUGAAGUCUGUAGAAAAAUCAUGUAAAGCAAAGCUAAUUGCUUCAUUUUUUUCAGUGCAAGUAGUAAGUUAGAGGUAAGUAUCAUGUCAGUCAUGUCAUUGAUGAGCUCACUUGCAGAAGCAAGAAGAUUUAUAUUCACAGUCAACAACUACGAGAUAAAAGCUGUUCUUCGGAAAUCCGUAGUGCUGGCUGUAGGUUUUAUUUAAGCCACUUACUGUUUCAUUUGAAGGGGAGCAAGGGCAUGUGGGAGAUGUAAGGCUACAGAGGCCAUCCACAGUAGGGUGGAAUGGGAAUAGCAGAAACUUGCAUGGAAGGGCACAGAUUCCACUUGCAGUAGGAGGGUUUUGUGAUGUACCUGAUGGGCAGCCACCUGUACCCACAGAAAUAAUAUGCCCCUCCAUGACAGAGGACCAAAACCUAUGGAAUAUCCAAUAAUUCUGCGUCACUAAGAGUUCUACAUCCCUUUUAAUUUUAUUAAGCAUUUCAUAGAUCAUUUAACUAGGGAUCUAAAACUGUCAUAAGUCACCCAUGGCAAAGAGAACUUCCUUAUUUCAACAGCUAGUAGGGGGUCAGCCUUUCAGCAUUACCAUUAACCCAGCAUUACUUUCUUGGGAAGGUUCAAUACAUUGCUAAAAACUUGUGCUGGACAGUCAGUGAAAGCAGGUUUGAUUUGUUUUAACAACAGUAAAGAAGAAAACGCACCCGCUGUUUAUGAGCAGAGCUCAGUCUUACAUAAAGCACGUGACUGACAGCAAAAAGGACAAUUUUCCCUGCUGUUGACCACCUCUCCACAUCUAAAUGUAAUCUGUUCUGAGAAUAAAUUUAGCUGCAUAAAACAA